AUAUUAAAUGGACAAUACCACUCUAAUACUGGACAAAAGACUACAGGGCAACUUACUUGCAGUUAACAGUAUUACAUUUUUUGAGAAGUCCUGCUCCACAUGUCUCAUGCUGCAUGCAGGUUUCUUUAGUUUAAACUGAUCAUUAAUGAAGUGACUUUUUCACAUUCACAUUUCACAUACAUUUUUUCACUAACCUUAACCUUACCAUAGUUGUUACCAUGUGCAGGUAUUAUAGAAAGUGAGAUUUUUUUGGUGCGACUUUGGAAGUAAAUAACUGUCAAGGCUCACAAAGCUGGCUUUUGCAGGAUCGUCCAAUAAUGACAGGUGUCAGGUAACAGGGCCUUUGCUACAUGAACAACACACCACAGUGGUCAGUCUAAGUUGCAAAAAAACUGAAAGUUUACUGACAACCAACAACAGAACCAGAUAUUUGUUACUGCACACUUUCUAGUCUUGUACUUUAAUGUGCACACUAUGACCACCACAGCCAAUUUAAAUAUCAUAUUAACAUGUGAAGUACACACAUGCACUCAUCCUGUGUGUGUGAAAAAGACUUUAGAAUCUCAACAGUCCAGGGAGGAGAAUUUAUUUCAGAGGAAGUUGCUACAAUUUAUCCCUCCCCCUUACACACACUCAAAGACACAUGCGCUGACACGCACACAUCAUGAAGUGAUCUGAACUCACUGUGAGUCAGACAGCUGUGGCCUUCAGAGUAAGAGAAGAAGCAGAAGACUCUCUGUUGAUUUUGCUGUUAAUAUCUGAGAUAAAGAUGGAAACCACAACAUAUGAUUAUGGUAACUACAGCGACGAUGACCCACUUGUUACAAUAUGUGAAAGGGACAGUGACAACAAACUGGGAGCUCAUCUGUCCAUCCUCUUCUACUUCAUGUUUCUCUUCAGUCUCAUCGGCAAUGGGCUGGUUCUGGUCAUCAUCUAUCGGUUUGAGAAGCUGACCACUGUGACCAACAUCUUGCUGCUGAACCUGGUGGUUUCCUCUCUGAUCUUCAUGAGCAGCCUUCCCUUCAUGGGAGUUUACAUGCAGGUCUCUCAGUGGAUCUUCGGCGCAGCCAUGUGCAAGAUUUUUUGGACUGUCUACUACUUGGGCUUGUACAGUUCCGUCCUCUUUCUAACUCUUUUGACCUUUGACCGACACCUUGCAGUGGUGUACUCCUUGAGUUCAAUGCAAGUGAGGAAUCGAAAAUAUGCAGUAAUAUCCUGCAUUGUGGUGUGGCUAGUCAGCAUCCUGGUGUGCAUCAAGCGUGUGAUUCCCCACACCACUUAUUUUAAUUUUAUCGACAACAAAACAUAUUGUGAUGAAUUUACUGAUGACUUAAACUCCUCUCAGGUGCAGCACCUGAGAGCAGCUGGAUUUUAUAUUCAGAUUUUUCUUUUCUUGCUCUUCCCUCUGAUUGUUAUUAUCUACUGCUAUGUUAGGAUUGCUAUCACUGUCAUAUCAUCUAAAAUAGCCACUAAGUUCAAGACAGUCAGAUUAAUAUUCAUCAUUGUGCUGUUGUUUUUUAUGUGCUGGAUCCCAUUCAACAUUGUAGAGCUGAUGUAUGAUAAAGUCACAACUUGUGAUGAAGUGAGCAAAUGGGGUUAUGCUCAUCAUGUUACUUGCAAUCUUGCCUACAUUUACUUUUGCAUCAGUCCUAUCUUCUACACAUUUGUUGGGAAAAAGUUUCAGAACUAUUUCAGACAGAUGCUGGUGAAACGUUUCCCAGGGUUAAAGAAGCAUAUUUCUGUCUCUCAACACAGCAGAACCAACACGUCCGCAAAGACUACACCCGUUGAUUUAUAGGAACGAGACGGCCUUUGUUUCUCAGGAUUGCCAUGUGUCUAAUAAAGCACUGGUUUAAAAACAGCUGAACAAAUGAAAAACAAAUAGACACACAACUUUGCCAAUGGCAACCCAGUACUAUUGAGAAUUUUGUGCAUGUGAUACCAAUCGAUAUCUAAACCUGGGUUAGCUGCAUUGUUAGCCCUUCUCGAGCUACAGAGAGGAUGCACUGAAUUAAGCUGCCAAUGUUGUUGAAGCUCCUGUCGCCUCUUUAUUUGUCCUCAUGGCACAUAUAAAUGCAGAUUAAGGUGGAGUGAGUAGCUACUCAGUUAAAACAAGUAUCCGCUACAGAUAAAGUACUUUUCACAAGCGUGGUCAGAGUAAAAUGUGUCAAUAUCUGUUCUCAGUGACUGUCUCUCAGUGCGAAGGAAUGUAAUCACUGGGUUGCUGACUGCAGUUUAAUCAUUCAAAUUUGUAAAAACUUGUAAAUAGUUUACUUUUGUGAUCAUGAGUAUUGACCUGAAACUCAAUCCUGAGGUUGUUCUAUAAAUAGUGUCUUAAUAAAUAAUAAAUAUAGUAAUUUUGGAUCAACCCAAAUUAGUCCCACCUAAUUGUGUUUUAAGCACAACUCACUGCCCAUUGCAAGAACAGAUCAUUUAGUUGGCUAAACUGGUACAGACACAGAUAAUGGUGUCUUCAACUAAACAGCUUUAUUAGGCUGAGCUAUCAGAGAAGAUGGUCUCCUACCAACCUUUGUGCCUUUUGAAGAAUAAGUAAAAGGUUUCUUUCCCUGAACUUUUCAGCGUGAUGUUCCAGGGCUUUGCAAGAUUUGUUCUUGUUUGACUUUUCUGUUACAAUUGCAUGUUUUCAUUGCUGGUAAAAUUUAUUGAUUAUAAAGACAACAUUAAGCAAGUUGAACAAAGUAAUGUAGCAUUUUUUUUCAAAACACACACCUUGCAUUCUUGCUGUAAAUCUUUGCUUGGACCAUUAUAUAAAAAGUGGCUUGCUAUGUAUAAUGACAAUACAGCCUUAACUCACGUAUGUUUAAUUUUGAUUGUCUCAAGCUGAUAUCCUACUGCAGUUGGAUUUAUGUCCUACCUUGUAGUUUUCCAUUGUUUUUCCUCUGCCCUUUCUCCCUCUCUCUGUGUCUGUGGAUGUGUGUGUGGUGCAUCUCCCCAUCAUCCAAUCCGGAGCUGAGCUGGGCGGUUCAGUCUCUCUCCUGCAUACCUGUUCGGCAUUCAGGACUGGCUUCUCCUCUCCAUCUUUGCCAGAUCGUCCCUGCUUCAUAGUGAUAGUAUGAGACCACAUGCACUCACCUGCCACCCGUCCACAUCUCUACUUCUGGGAGUUUAAGUUAGAUUCUUUGCUGGUUAGUUUUCACAGACUGAAUACCUGCUGUAAAUAUUUGAACCUAAACUUCAGUAAAUUUCUGGUUUUGAACUUUU